ACAUGACCUUAGAACAUGGGCAAUAUCGAGCGAAUGUAGGUGGACCGAAAAACACUGUCAUAACCACGCUUGCCAAGAAGUUAUCUCAAUUAAUCAUCCGUUAGUUCUGCCGGCCUGGUUUACUGUUAAAUUGGAAAUCUCUGCGUCUCGAUGACCUCAUAGGCAGCAGUAGUUUUAUUGCGGCCAAGCCGGUGACCUUGUCGGGUAAACCAGUACGCACACGUCAUCAGGUGGAAGAAUACACCAAAAACUGGGGAUGCCGCAGAUAGAGCAUAGAAAACUGGGCGCGAUUGAACUGGAAUGCCAAUGUCCUCGUGAGGUGAAAUAACAGAGGUGAAAUGAGAGGAUGUCCACCGACGAAGAAGCUGAACCGAAGUACUCCAAGCUUCAAGCUGCUCUGAGUUCCAACGAGCCGUACCCCCAGUCUGUGGUCACAUCGGGCGUAGCGGUAGUAAAACCAGUUAUGUUAGUAAGCAAUAUCCAUACACCAGCCAGAGCCAUCAGCGCAGAAUCUGGUGGUCCAACAGUCACCCCUAAAAUCAUACCUCCUCGACGCCAGAGAGAAUUUAUUCCAGAGGAAAGAAAAGACCUCAAAUACUGGGACAAAAGACGCCGCAAUAAUGAAGCCGCAAAGAGAUCUCGCGAAAAAAGGCGUUUCCAUGAUAUGAAAACAGAACAACAGAUAACUAAACUUAGUCAAGAAAACGAUUCCCUCAGGAAAGAACUGGCAGCAUUAAAACAGAAAUUCGGAGUUCCAGAUGACACAAGUUUCUCUGACGAGAACUCUUCAAUGAAAGUAGACUCAGAUUCUCAAGGCGAAAGCGCCAACAGCAACACCAAUCCGCCUGUGUCCGGGCAACAGGUGAGUGAGGAACCUCCGACAAAAAAGAUAAAAGUAGAACCACCAGAUGACUUUCUCCAUGACUCUCGCGACUCAACUACCUCAAGUGUAAUCACCAGAUCUCCGGCGGUUUCCAAGCACGUCGCUGCCACUGGUAUCACAACGCAUUCAAUCAAAACCAGCAUGUCUACCACAACUACACCACCAGAGAACUCCAUCUCUGCAGCGCUCAGGGCGGCAGGAGCAUGCACUCCCGAGAAAGUCAACACCAACCAUGCCGCAGUAAAUUCUUUUCCUCAGUUUAUGGGCUCCAAAACGUCUCUUCCUCACAUGCAGUUACCUCUUAUUCCUGCGCAUCUUAAUUCGGCCAUGUUCCCGCACAAUAUGAAUGCCAGUGCCUUCAACACGUUAUUGAUGCAUUCGGGACUUGCUCCAAAUGUUUUGCCAAUGGUCAAUAAUUUCAGAGUGAUACCUCCUGCGAUCACAAAGCUGUCCGAAAGAAAAAACGCCCCUGAUGGUUUGCAUGCCCUCGCUGAGGUGGCUGUAAGUGAAAGUCCACUGAACCUGACGUGCGUUCCAAAAAAGCCAAGCGAGUCCAAGACACCGUCAACCGCAGGAUCCUCGUCCGUGCCACCAACUCAUCAAGGUAAGCCAGAUAUGCCAGGCACUGCGGAAGACGUGGAAGGCCAAAACCGCUUGGUCAUUGCAGAAGAUGUGAACACAUACACCAGCGACAGUGAUUCGGAGGCCGCCUCUCAUACCUCAGAUUCUGAAACUGCUUAUGGGGCAGGGAAUUCCAGAUACCUCAUUGAUCCGAAAUAUGCCGAGCGCCGCCGAAGAAAUAACGAAGCUGCACGCAAAUGCCGCGAGAACAGAAAGGCUCUCAUCCAACAGCGUAAGGCCAAGACAGAUCAUCUAGAGAACGAGAACAAGACGCUUCGGACAGAACUACAAGGCCUAGCAGAAGAAAUCGCGGUGCUGCGUGGAAUGAUUGAGAAAAAGCGGUCCUCUGGUGGGAAAAGUGAAAAUGGAUCGACAGAGGAAAAUACGGAUUCCAAAUAGGUGUCGAGGAUCAAAUAACGGAAAUGCGGCUUAUAUAUAGAUAUAUAUAUAUAUAACUUACACUUAAAGUAAAAUCCACAUACCCUCGUUAUAAGCGGGUUCCUUGCGGGUAUAAGUUUAUCUUGGAAUAUAUAUUUUUGGUCAGUAAAUCUCUCAGGUGCCUAUGCUAGAACGGUAUGCGAGGGAUGGUGUAACGCUGCCAUAGAAGAUGAUAAGCUUUUGAGUGCCGUUCAAAACAUGUAUUUGGACCCUUCAAUCGGUUUUUGGAUCAGCCUGUGAGUUUUGUCAAGCUGUUCUUGGAUGUCAAGACUUUUUUCAUGUGUAAAGAUGCUUGAAAAAUGCAAGGUUGUCAAGACAAAUUGUUUUAAAUCAUAUUAAUAAUAGUUACCUAUAUAGUGUUUAAUUAAUUGUAUAACAUUACUGAAUACAAUCUUUAAUUUUUUUUGGAUCAUUUUUAAGUUUAUAAAACCGAAAUUGGUAUUUCAGGGUUAAUGUCUAUUAUAAGGGAUGCUACUUUUGUGAAAAAACUGUUUAAAAGUUUUUUUUGCUUUCUAGAAUGUCAGUGUUUGUUGUGGACCUAUUACAAGUUAUGUACGGCUAUGCCGUUAUAGCUAUUAUCUAUAUUACCUCAUUUCAUCAUCGUGAUGCAGUUUUACAUGCAGUAUGUAGACAAAAAGAAAAAAA